AUGCCGUUGUACUCUAAGUUUUUAAAAGAUAUGCUCACAUGGAAGAAUAAGUACAUUCACAGUGAAAACAUCAUUGUGGAAGGAAACUGCAGUGUUGUAAUUCAGAGGAUUCUUCCACCUAAGCACAAAGAUCCUGGGAGUGUGACUAUUCCGUGUGCAAUUGGUGAUGUUUCUGUUAGCAAGGCUCUUAUUAAUUUGAUGCCACCUUCAAUGUGCCGGAGGCUUGGAGAGUUGGUGAUAAUGCCGACUAGGAUGACUUUACAGUUAGCAGAUCGCUCCGUCACCAGACCCUAUGGAGUAAUAAAAGAUGUUUUGGUUCGAGUCAAACACCUUAUCUUUCCUGCUGACUUUGUGGUAAUGGACAUAGAGGAAGAUACAUAUAUUCCCUUAAUUUUGGGAUGUCCAUUUAUGGCUACUGCAAGCUGUGUAGUAGACAUGGGAAAGAAGAAGCUAGAAAUGGGUAUUGAAGAACAAAAGAUUAGCUUUGAGAUAUUUGAUGAAGAAAGGACAUUGCUGGACCAGAAUGUUUGUCUAGAGGUCAAGGAGAGCGAAGAGAAGGUUUUGAAGGAGAGAACCAAGAUUGAUCUGGGUUGA